CCGUCGUCGUCAACCCCACCGGGCACCGCGGCCACCAUCCCCGCUCGCCUCGUCUCCCCUCUUAUCCAAAAUCACGUGCGAUCGCGACGCGAACCGCUCGCCCUCGCCCUCGCGAUCCCGCCCCCCCAAUCCGAUCGGGCCGGUGGCUGCCCCGCUGCACCGAGCCACCGAGGCGAGGCGAGGCGCGAACCGUGGAACCAGGCCGACCGACCGAGCCAAUCGAUACGGCGAGUGAAGUGGGCGCGGCGCGGUGCGGGCGGUGCGGCAUGGCGACCACGCGCGGCGGCGGAUCGGCGUCGAGGGUGGGCGACGGGGACGUCGAUCUGGGCGAGGGCUGGGACUGGGGCGCCAUCCCGCGGCUCAUCUCCUCCGCCUGCCUCUUCCUCUGCUCCGGAGGCUGUUUUGGAUGCUGUGAUAAGGCUGUAAAGCAACUGGGUGAGCUGUCCAGGAACUUGAUUACACAUGACCAAAUUCCCAUUGGAGAGACAUUUUGGAGUACAACCACCAUCGAGGUCGAACCAGCAGAUCUCAGGGGCAUUUCUCCAGUCAAUACAUCCAACUGGGCCUUUGAUCAGCAUGGAACUGGAAGCAGCCAUAACCUUCCUGAACUUGGUAAUAAUGGACCCGUUCUUUGGGAACAGACCAGGCAGGAGUGGACUGAAAUUAGAAGCCUACGGCCGAAGGUGAAGCAGGUUCGGGAACCAGUAUUGAGUUGGAAUGCAGCUUAUGAGAGUCUGCUCGGAUCAAAUAAGCCAUUUCCUCAACCCAUUCCUCUUCAUGAGAUGGUCGAUUUCCUUGUGGACAUCUGGGAGCAGGAAGGGCUGUAUGACUAGCACAAAUGCUUUCAUAGGGAUAACACGUAGUUGUUCCUCAAGAAAGGAUAAAGAAUGACAUAGGUUUAGGCUUGAGAUGAGGUAACGAUGUUUUGGCCUGUCAUACAUGUUUUUGUUCAUGGAGGCCUGCUGUACUUGCUGAACACAGUGCUGCGGUGGUAACUGGUAAGCUUGUAAUGUUAGAGAAGUCCUGAUAGUCGCGUUGUUGAAUUCGUCAAAGAAAGCGAGAAAGAAAGGUGUGUGUUAUUGAGUUGUGGAUAAAAAGUGUGUUUUGUAUUGAUUAAGAAAGUAUUAACACCGACGGCUGUCGGUUCUAGACGGUUGGAUUAUUCUAAGGGUUAAGGAGUCAUGUCAGUGUCCAUUUCGUGGUGAUGCACACUGAUGCAGCUACCUCGACUGAUCCGAUUCUGAAAUGUUAAAUUUCGUUUGGUUCUGUAA